AUGCGCAACACCUGGCCGUCCCCUAUGGUCCGCAAAUUCAUUCGCGCCAACGCCUCGGCAGACCCGCCAAGGCCGUCGUUGUUGCCCUCAUCUGACAAGUCUGCCGAGAAUUCCUGGCCUCAAGACCCUAUCCGAGACGAAUAUUGUUUCUUCUACGGGACAUUAAUGGACCCAAAUAUAUUAUCCAAAGUCUUAGGAUCGUCAAAACCACCACCUAUGAUGCGCCCUGCUAGGAUUAUUGGUUACGAAAUCAAACUUUGGGGCACAUACCCUGCUCUCCUCGAUGAUAAACCACUUCAUCCAGUCGAUGGAAUAGUGUGUGGCCUCUUAUCGCCGACGCAACUUGAUCGACUUGCCGCCUACGAAACGGAUAAAUAUCAUCUUCAAGCUUGCUUGAUUAACGUUCUGAAUAAUGACGGUAGCACCGAGAAAACCAUUGAGGGAGUUUCUUUCAUGUGGAAUGGUCGAGAGGAUGAGCUUCGGGAGGGUACUUUUGAUCUAAAGCAAUGGGGGAAGGACAGACAGCUACGUCUUGGCUCAAUAGCUCCUGAUUUCCUAUGGAACAGUGAAUCUAAGAUUCCACAGUUGACACCAGAUAGUUCAAAGCUGGUUAAAAACUUCUUUAACCCUUGGACAUCUCGAGAAAAACAAAUGGUACACCUGGACGAUGUUGAGAACUCUAACGCCGAAACGUCAAAAGAAAGGACGGAAAUCCUGUCCUCCAUCAACCCCAACAAACAAAUCCACAACCCGAUUGUACCGCAGUCGGUCCCCACAUUACAGCGAGCUUCACCACCCGAGGCAAGUCGCUACGUUUGA